GAAAAACACUGUCGUAGGCAGAUUAUUUUAUUGGUAGAUAUAUAUCAUACUCUUAGCAAUUGUGAAAUUAUUCUCUUAAAUCUUAAGACGGGAUUGAUAACUUUUAUAACAAGAUAAACACGCUUAAUAGGCUCGGUUACCGAUUUCAAUUUUAAAAUGGCCGAUAUUGCAGAAGAGAAAAAAGAGAAAAAAAUCGGAUUUGACUACCAAGAUGAUAUAGAGCCAGAGUUUGAAGCAGCAUGUGAUGAUAUAGCUUUCAAGGGAACCUACGCAUCUAUUCACAGUUCUGGUUUCAGAGAUUUCUUGUUGAAACCUGAACUUCUCAGAUCCAUUGUUGAUUGUGGUUUUGAACAUCCUUCUAAAGUUCAGCAUGAAUGUAUUCCCCUAGCCGUCUUAUCUAUGGAUAUACUGUGCCAGGCUAAGUCUGGUAUGGGUAAAACUGCUAUAUUUGUGUUGUCUACUUUGCAACAACUUGAGCCGGUUGAUGGACAGGUAUCUGUUUUGGUUCUGGCCCACACCCGUGAAUUGGCCUUCCAGACUAGCAAGCAAUUUGAAAUAUUCAGCAAGUACAUGAACAACGUGAAAGUUGCAGUGUUUUUUGGUGGUUUGUCGGUGAAGAAAGAUGAAGAUGUGUUGAAGAAGAAUUGUCCUCAUAUUGUUGUUGGUACACCAGGUCGUCUUCGGGCCUUGAUUCGCAGUAAAGCACUCAGUCUAAACCAUGUGAAACAUUUUAUACUGGAUGAAUGUGACAAAAUGUUGGCUGAAAUUGAUAUGAGAAGGGAUGUUCAAGAGAUAUUCCGAAUGACACCACAUGAAAAACAAGUUAUGAUGUUUAGUGCUACGCUUAGUAAAGAUGUCCGACCAAUCUGUAAAAGAUUUAUGCAAGAUCCUAUGGAAGUUUAUGUUGAUGACGAUUCUAAACUAACUCUACAUGGUCUACAACAACAUUAUGUUAAACUCAAGGACAAUGAAAAGAACAGAAAGUUAUUUGAAUUAUUGGAUGUUUUGGAAUUCAAUCAGGUUAUUAUAUUUGUAAAGAGUGUACAGAGAUGUAUGGCAUUGGCUCAAUUAUUACAAGAACAAAAUUUUCCUGCUAUAGCCAUUCACAGGGCAAUGACACAAGAAGAAAGAUUGUCCCGUUACCAACAAUUUAAAGAUUUCCAGAAACGUAUUUUGGUAGCUACAAAUUUAUUUGGUCGUGGUAUGGAUAUUGAGAGAGUUAAUAUUGUCUUUAACUAUGACAUGCCUGAAGAUUCAGAUACAUACCUUCAUAGAGUUGCCAGAGCUGGUCGAUUUGGUACUAAAGGUUUAGCCAUCACACUUAUAUCAAAUGAAAAUGAUGCUAAAAUAUUAAACGAUGUUCAAGAGAGAUUUGAAGUGAGCAUCGCUGAAUUACCAGAUGAAAUAGACAUAUCCUUUUUCAUUGAAGGACGAUAAGCCGUCAAAGACAAGAGAUGAGAGGAGUUAUUUUUUAUAGUUUAUAUAGUUGUAAUAAAUCAUAGUCAUUUCAAAAGGA